AAGAAUCUUCUAUAAUUUUGUCAAUAAUUCGAUCUCAUAACAGAUGGAUACUUUUAUCAAAGAGUAAACGUCAGAAAAAAUCUCCAACACAAAAGAAGAAAGAGUCAAUUUUUUGUAAUGAUUUGAAAAAAUUGUUUGAUAUUUCCCAUGCUAAUGUUCUCAAUGAAAUUGAUGCUACAAAAAAACAUUUUUUGGAAAGCCAAAGAAAACCAUCUCGACGUGGUUUUAUAAACGAUUUUGGGCCUAUUACUGAAGAUAUGGAAAUUUGUUGUUUAGAUCAGAGUGAAACAAAUGCAAAUAGAGAUGAAAAUGAGGCACUUAUGAAUACUGAGACCCUUCUUCUCAGCCAAAAAUCAAAAUCUACCGUUUCUACCGUUAGUCAAAUUUCUAACAAUAUCUCUGAUUUUGAAGACGAAUUAAAAAAGAAAUCAAAACGAAAAGCACCUCUAAUGAAUAUCAUGACACCGGAACUUGCAGCUGCCCUUGAUCGUGGAAAAGUUAGCAGCAGAAAUGCCGUAUAUAUUUUAGCUGCUACUCUCAAAAGUACUGGCAUUGAUAUGAAAGGCUGUAAAUUGAGUCAUUCGACAAUUCAUCGAGCUCGCAAAAAAUUUCGAAGUGAUAUGGCUGCUAAAUUGAAAGAUGGACUCAAAAACCAGGAUAAUUUUGUGCUACAUUGGGACGGGAAAAUAUUACCUGAUAUAGUUGGUACGGAAAAAGUUGAUAGACUGCCAAUUAUUAUAUCGUCAUCAGGCAGUGAACAACUGUUAGGUGUACCCAAAAUGAAAUCUGGAACUGCUAAAAAUCAGGCUGAUGCUAUUGUGAAAAUUCUAUUCGAUUGGGGUAUUUCUCGUAAAAUAGUAGGACUGUCUUUCGACACGGCGGCUGUUAAUACAGGAAUUCACGGUGGAACUUGUAAACUGAUUGAAGACGAGUUGGAAAAAAAAUUGGUAUAUCUACCAUGCAGACAUCAUAUUUUUGAAAUAGUAUUAAAAAAAUUGUUUGAAAUCUAUUGGCCCGUUUCAUCCGGCCCAAAUGUACCAAUUUUUUUACGGUUUAAAAAUAAGUGGAGUAAUUUCAACACCUCAAAUUAUACCCCAGGAAUUUUGGAUCCAAUCAUACUCAAUGCUCUUGAAGAUGUGAAAGAAGAAACAGUAACGUUUAUCACGAAUCAGUUACAAGUAAGGUUAUAGUUAUAAUAUAUUCAAAUGUUUUUAGAUAUUGUGUGCAAGUUUUAAGCGUAUAUCUUGAAUUAUAUU